GCGCUCGUCUCCCUCCCUUCUCAGUCUCCUCCGCCAGGCAUCAUGUUGGGAGCUGCACAGCGCGCUUGCUCCACCAUCCUAAAGGCCGCGAAGCCUGCUGUUGUCUCCAAGGGCCUUCAGAAUGUAGGCUCCAAGACUGUCCCAGCGCUUUACACCUGCCAGCGCAACUAUGCUGCCAAGGCUGAGGCUGCCACCCAGACUGGUGUGCCCAAUGGUAGUGUAGUGGCUGUCAUUGGUGCUGUGGUGGAUGUCCAGUUCGAUGGAGAGCUCCCCCCAAUUCUCAAUGCCCUUGAGGUUGCUAACCGCUCCCCAAGGCUGGUGCUUGAGGUUGCUCAGCAUCUCGGGGAGAACACUGUCCGCACCAUUGCUAUGGAUGGUACCGAGGGUCUCAUCCGUGGUAAUGCUGUGGUUGAUACUGGAAGCCCCAUCUCCAUCCCUGUUGGCCCUGGCACUCUUGGCCGAAUUAUCAAUGUGAUUGGCGAGCCCAUCGAUGAACGUGGCCCCAUUCCCACUGAACACUUCUCUGCUAUCCACGCUGAGGCUCCUGACUUUGUUGAGAUGUCUGUCGAGCAGGAGAUUCUAGUAACUGGUAUCAAGGUGGUCGACCUCUUGGCCCCAUACUCCAAGGGAGGAAAGAUUGGUCUGUUCGGUGGUGCUGGUGUAGGAAAGACUGUACUUAUCAUGGAACUGAUUAACAAUGUUGCCAAGGCUCACGGUGGUUAUUCUGUAUUUGCUGGUGUGGGAGAGCGUACCCGUGAGGGCAAUGAUCUGUACCACGAGAUGAUUGAGUCUGGUGUCAUCUCUCUGAAGGAUGACACCUCCAAGGUAUCUCUCGUGUACGGUCAGAUGAACGAGCCCCCAGGUGCCCGUGCCCGUGUCGCCCUGACUGGUCUGACUGUGGCCGAGUACUUCCGUGACCAGGAAGGUCAGGAUGUGCUGCUCUUCAUUGACAACAUUUUCCGCUUCACACAAGCUGGUUCUGAGGUGUCUGCCCUGCUGGGUCGUAUCCCAUCUGCUGUAGGUUACCAGCCUACUCUGGCCACUGACAUGGGUAGCAUGCAGGAAAGAAUUACCACCACCAAGAAGGGGUCAAUUACCUCUGUACAGGCUAUCUAUGUACCUGCUGAUGACUUGACUGAUCCUGCCCCAGCCACCACCUUCGCUCACUUGGACGCUACUACUGUGUUGUCUCGUGGCAUUGCCGAGUUGGGUAUUUACCCUGCUGUGGAUCCUCUUGAUUCCAUCUCCCGUAUCAUGGACGCUAACAUCAUUGGACACGAACACUACAACGUUGCCCGUAGUGUGCAGAAGAUUCUCCAGGAUCACAAGUCGCUCCAGGAUAUUAUCGCUAUCUUGGGUAUGGAUGAAUUGUCUGAGGAAGACAAGCUUACCGUCGCCCGUGCACGUAAGAUCCAGAAGUUCCUGUCUCAGCCUUUCCAGGUGGCUGAGGUGUUCACUGGCUACGCUGGAAAGUUUGUUUCCCUGCCCGAUACCAUCGUGAGCUUCAAGGAAAUUCUGGCUGGCAAGUACGAUGACCUCCCUGAAGCUGCCUUCUACAUGCAAGGAAGUAUUGAGGAUGUCGUGGAAAAGGCAGAACAGUUGGCUGCCCAGGCCAGUUAAGAAGGAAAUAUAAUUGUGGGGUAUUUUAACAUGUGUACAGGGCUCUGGAAAGAAAUAUCCAUGUUCUCUUUGUUGCAAUGUAAGGGCCAAGAGGUCGUAUUCUUAGACUAUGGCAAAACAAUAUUUAAGGGGUACUCCGAGAAUCUGGAGUAACUUCUGUUGUACAGAAUUCCAGUGAUAAUGUAAAUUUAUAUAAAUAAUACAGAAAACAA